AUGAAAUUUGUAUUGCUCAAAGACUAUAAUGAAAUCUCAACUUUUGCGGCUGAAUUUGUUUGUAAAAGAAUUGUUGAUUUUUGUAAAGAAAAUGAAAAUAAUAACAAAUUUUUUGUUUUGGGUCUUCCUACAGGAAGUACUCCAAUCGGAAUGUAUUCAAAACUGGUUGAAUUUCACAAAAUGGGAAAACUUUCAUUUAAACGUGUAAAAACUUUUAAUAUGGAUGAAUAUGUUGGAAUUUCUCCUCUACAUUCACAAAGUUAUCGACAUUUCAUGUUUGAAAAUUUAUUUAGUCACAUUGACAUUGAUCCUUUGAAUAUUGACAUUCCAAAUGGGCAAGCACCUUCUCUUUUAGAUGAAUGCAAUCGUUAUGAAGAAGCAAUUCGAACGGCUGGAGGAAUUGAUUUAUUUGUUUCUGGCAUUGGAUCAGAUGGACAUUUAGCUUUUAAUGAGCCUGGCAGCAGUCUAAACAGUCGUACACGUGUCCAGGCACUUAAUAAUGAAACAAUUUUAGCAAAUUCACGUUUCUUUCAAAAUGAUUGUAGUCAAGUUCCUAUAAAGGCAAUAACUGUUGGUGUUGGCACUUUAAUGGAAGCUAAAGAGAUUUUGGUUCUGGCAAGUGGUUCUCAUAAAGCUUUAGCUGUACACAAGGCUGUGGAAAAGGGAAUUUCUCAUAUGUGCACUGCCAGCGCUUUGCAAUCACACAAUAAUUGUAUUUGGUUGGUGGAUGAGGAAGCCUCUCAAGAAUUAAAAGUCAAAACUGUCAAUUUUUACCGUUCUCAAUUGCCCGAAUAUCAUAAAAUUUUAUCAAAUAUAACACCACCAUUGCAUCAACAACCCUGUAACAUAACUAACAACCACAACAAUAAAAACUGCUUAAAUUAA